CAACAACAAAUGAAAAUAUCAGUACACAAAUGCAAGAAGUAUAUGAAACAUUAAAUAUUCUUGCUAGUGGAAUUCAGACAUUAAAUGAUGAUACACAACGUCUUAGUAGUGAAUCUAUUCGAUUACAAAGUUCAAUUGAAUCUGUCACACAAGAAUUUUCAUCACUUAAACUGAGUAUUCAAGAACAAAGUUCUUUUUUAGACGGUGUUAAACCUAAUCAAGAGAUUCUACAGCAAGAUGUAGCAUCUUUGAAACAAAAAGUUGAUGAUAUGCAAUAUGUAUCUUAUGAUGGAACAUUAAUAUGGAAAAUAACGAAUUUUCAUGAAAAAAUGAUGGAUGCUCAAUCUGAACGACAAACAUCGAUUUAUUCACCUCCAUUCUAUUCGUCAUCUACUGGCUAUAAAAUGCGAGCUAGACUUUAUCUUAAUGGUGAUGGCAAUGCUCGACGUACACAUAUGUCAUUGUUUUUUGUUCUCAUGCGUGGCCCAAAUGAUGCAAUACUAAAAUUUCCAUUCAAUUAUAAAGUUACAUUUUGUCUGUAUGAUCAAACUCCUCAACAACGACAUAUCAUCGAUUCAUUUCGUCCUGAUAUUAAAUCAAAUAGUUCUCAAAGACCACAAUCAGAAAUGUAUAUUGCUAGUGGUAUACCUAAAUUCUUUCCAUUGACGAUGAUUCAACAAGAGGGUAAUCCAUAUGUAAGAGAAGAUACAAUGUUUAUUAAAGUAAUGGUUGAUUUUGAUGACAUGCCAAAAACAUUGUUACCAUAUGCUUUGAGCCUUAAUCCUGGAUUACCUAUACAUAUUCACCAAUUAAUGAUAAAACAAGAAAUAGAACGAAGAGAACAAUCACAAUCUCAACAAUCACCUACAUCACUUGCAAAUCGUCCAAUAACAUUAACAAUGUCACCAAAUUUCACUGAUAUUUCUGAUACGCUCUUGUCAUGUGAAUUGGGUCAUGAUGCGGGGUCGUCAAUGCAUGUUCAACAAACCCCGAUCGAACAAGAUGCAAAUGAAAUGGUUUCACAAGAGCCGCAAGAAACAGAAAGUUAUGACACUGGGAUCACCUGUGUAGAAACUCGAGGUGAUGACGAUGAUCCGAAUGGUCAUUAA